AUUUUACUGAUAGUUCGGAGAGCUCACUGGAAGGUUGUACCACAUCUCCAACAAAACCUAUAGAAUUGACAAAAUGGAAAGCAAAAAUAUUGAAUUCAAUGCGGAUGAGCUGCAGGCACCAGCUUGGCUAAAUGCUCAGUUUAUCGGUGAAAUCCUGAGCGAGUAUGAGCAAAUCCCGGAUCUGAAAGUAACCGAUCUGAAGGUGUCACCCGCAACUGCCCAGGGAGAUCACUAUGCCAGCGUUAUGUUCCGCACCAAAGUGGAGUACACAACUCCGAAGGGAAAGUUCUCCAAGCCGCUGAUCAUCAAAACGAUGCCGGAGCAGGAAGGACAUAAGAAGGACAUGCUGUCCGAAUCGCAUUUAUUCGCAACGGAAAUCGGCAUGUACUGCCAUGCCCUUCCAGAGUUCGAAAGGAUUCUCCGAGAGGCAGGAGAUAAUACCAAACUGUUUGUGCCCUGCAUUUAUCACAGCCUGAAGCCGCGGCAAGUGAUGAUCUUCGAGGAUCUGGUGCCGCAAGGAUACACCGUCAUUCGCGAUAGUCCUCCCUCACUGGGGGAUCUGAAAUUGGCCUUCGACAAGCUGGCCAAGUGGCAUGCGGUCAGCAUGAAAGUCAUCAAUGAGCAACCAAAUUUCCUGAGGGAAUUCAAGUACGGCUUGUUCGAAAUGCCCACUAUCGACACUGAUCCCUUUGUGAAUACUGGCAUGGCAAGCUUUAUUGAAAUGCUGGACAAAAUGCCGGAGCUAAGGAAGUAUAAACCUCACUUCGAAAAGAUAAAAGAUACCUAUCUCGAUCGUCUAAAAGUUGAGAUGCAUGAAUAUCUCAAGUAUCGGCGAGACGACCGGUACUACGUCCUGUGCCACGGUGACUUCCAUCUUCGCAAUAUGAUGUUUAGGCACAACAAGGAGUUGGGAGCCUUCGACGACGUGAUGCUGGUGGACUUCCAGUUCAGCAAUCUGUGUCCCAUCACAGUGGACUUGACCUACUCCAUCUAUAUGCUGAUGGAGCCGGAACAGCGCUGGGAAAUGGGAAAGGACCUGAUUAACGACUAUUUCUCGGUUUUGGUCGCCACACUCAGGAAAAUUGGAUUCAAGGGCGAAAUGCCUACCCAAAGCGGAUUGUGGGAGCAGAUACAAAAUAACAAGUAUUAUGAUUUCUUUUUAAUAAGCACCUUUCUUCCUCUGAUGGUGGGCGUAAAAUCAAACGAUAUCAAAAUGCAUGAAGCUAUCCAAGAACCAAAUGCCCGACAGAAGUCCUACUUCCUAGACGCCUAUGUUAAAGAUGUCUGUAAGCUUUUGCCCAAAUUCGAAAAAUUGGGGUACUUUAAUGAUCUAUAACUUAAUAAACUAUUCUAAGUUUGAUUUAUGUAAUAGCAAUACCAAUAAAUCAGCACUACAGAUUAAUA